AUGAGGCAUCCUGCUCAUGUCCUCCACGCUUAAGUAAAGGGGAUAUUAGACAGUAAUGCUGGCAGGUCUGAGUGCUCUCUCUGCUGUGUAGCCUGAGGGCAUCAACAUGGGCAGCACCAGCAAGGCGGCCAACUUUUUCAACAGAAGACAGAGUCUCUUCCCUAACUACAAAGUCGCCGACUCGGAUUUAAAGCGAAGACCCUCUGAUAUUGCUUACCCGUUGGCCAAGGAAAGCUGUGUGAAGACAUGGAACUCCAUGCAGGAGCUGAGCAGAGACAUAUACGACAUUUAUGCCGAGUACGAGGAUGACGAUGACGACGGUGCUCCGUGCACCUUCUCCAAGCAGAUCCCACUCACCAAGAAGAACUACAUGAUCAACAUCAAUGUAGGAGGGAAGCCCUACCAGAUAACCUACAAGAUGGCUGCCAAGUACCCCAAGACCAGAAUAGGACGACUGGCCACCUACACUGACCACAACAUGAAGCUGGACCUGUGUGACGACUACAUUGUGACCAGCAAUGAGUACUUCUUUGACCGGGACCCGGACACCUUCCACAGCAUCUUCAACUUCUACAGGACUGGUGUGCUGUGGAUCAAGGAUGAGUUGUGUCCCCGCAACUUCCUGGAGGAGAUCAACUACUGGGGCGUGAGGAUCAAGAACACCCACCGCUGCUGCCGCAUCUCCUUCGAGGAGAGGCAGGACGAGCUGAACGAGCAGCUCAAGAUCCAGAGGGAGCUGGAGGCCGAGAUGGAGAUUGAGGAGAACGAAGAGCUCUUCCAUGACAUGUUCAUGGGCCACAAGCGCCGAGCUAUCUGGAACCUGAUGGAGAAGCCAUUUUCAUCUGUUAUGGCCAAGUUGAUGGCUGUGGCCUCCAGCCUGUUUGUCCUCAUCUCCCUUGUGGCCAUGACUCUCAAUACAGUGCAGGAUAUGCAGUACAAAACUCACUCCGGUCAUCUCAGUGGCAAAACAUACUGGGAAUAUGUGGAGUCCAUGUGCAUCGCCUUCUUCACCAUGGAGUACCUGCUGCGUCUGGUGUCCACCCCUGACCUCAAGUCCUUCUGCAGGAGUGUGCUCAACACAGUGGACCUGAUCGCCAUCCUGCCUCAGUAUGUCCAGGGCUUCCUGGAGUUCUUUGACAAUGAGGAAAACUACAUGAAGCACGAGGCAGACAUGCAGGCGGUGGGACAGGUGGGGAAGUUGGGGCAAGUGUUGAGGAUCAUGAGACUGAUGCGAAUCUUUCGUAUUUUGAAGCUGGCGCGACACUCCACGGGGCUGCGAGCGUUUGGUUUCACGCUGCGUCAGUGCUACCAGCAAGUGGGCUGCCUCUUCCUCUUCAUCGCCAUGGGCAUCUUCAGCUUCUCUGCCAUGGUUUACACUGUGGAGCACGACAUGCCACAGACAAACUUCACCAGCAUUCCUCAUGCGUGGUGGUGGGCAGCUGUCAGCAUCUCCACAGUGGGCUACGGCGACGUCUACCCGGAGACCAUACUGGGCCGCUGUUUCGCUUUCAUCUGCAUCGCUUUUGGAAUCAUUCUCAAUGGUCUGCCCAUCUCCAUCCUCUUCAACAAGUUCUCAGACUAUUACUCCAAACUCAAGUCCAAUCAGUACACGGCCUCCGUGAAGAAUCGAGGGAAGGUGAGGUUUUCCAAGAGGACGGUGAAAAAACUCAACCUCUGCUUUGGAAGCCAAAAUUGUCCUGCAGACUGAAUUUUUUUGAGUGUACUUUUUUAAAUUAUAGAAAUAUGCUUGACUGCAAACCUGCAAAAAUAUUGUAUGUGAUAUACCGAUGUGUGUGGCCAGUUGUUGCACAUGUGAUAUCGCAGCUUCUGUGUUUGGGAAGAGCAAAGACACAGGUCGAUCUCUGUCAUCUAUCGCCAAUGCCUAAUGAAGAGAACUUGUGGAAGUAUAAUACAAUGAGAUGUUUACUUUUCUAUGAAUAAAAUAAUAUUUUUGUUACGUAAGAGUCAGAUGAUUGAAAAAAACACACAUUCCAUAACAGAAGAGCACAUAUUAGUCCAUUUCUACAUGCAGCUGCAUCAGUUUGCUUUCACAGGAGGUGCAAAGAAGCACAGCGGCUGUUUCCAUGCAAUUUUCAACUCUCAGUAGUUUUGCCUACAAAGUGUUAUUCACAACACAAUGCAGUAAUAACAGCCUGUCAAUAAACUCUGUACUGCUUAUUAAA